UACGUUGCACUGAGCUAUUGCUGGGGCGGACCACAACCAGUAGAAACUACCAAAGCCACCUUACACCGGCAUCUAAACGCCUUGCCGAUGGAACGGCUUCCCCAGACGAUCAAGGACGCCAUCGCUGUUACACGAGGCCUAAAGGUCAAGUACUUAUGGGUCGAUGCCCUCUGUAUCAUUCAAGACAGCCUCGAAGACAAGGCAAUUGAGAUCAGUCGCAUGACUGAUAUCUACAACCUUUCUCAUGUCACGAUAUCCGCCAGCACGGCGGCGACAUGCCAAGAUGGGUUUCUACAGCAACGCAAGCUCGAGAAGCAACCCAUCAAGCUCCGCGCCAAGUUCUCGCAUGUCAGGAAAGGCAAUGUAUUGCUCAUGGUUGAUUCCCAGGGCGACGAACCCAUCCACAAGCGUGGCUGGACAAUGCAGGAACAUCUUCUUGCACCGCGUCUUCUUUCCUUCGGAUCUCUCUGCUUGGAAUAUCGCUGUUUGUCAGGUCGGCGGCGUGAUGGAGGCACCCCUCUGCCCUGGAACCAGCAGCAAACGGGUAUGCCGAUCACGGAGGGAGGUGCACAAGAAGACAAGAGCCGCGUCGUCGCCCAGUGGGCGAACAUUGUUGAGGCUUACACGGGUCGUGGUUUGGGCUUUCUAGAUGACAGGCUCAAUGCCAUCUCUGGGAUAGCAAGAAAAUUCUGUCGACCAGAACUGGGCGAGUAUCUUGCAGGACUAAUCAGCUUCGAACUUCCAUCCCAGCUUGUAUGGUCACGAGCCGCCUCCCAGACAUCUCUGCCGCGGCCAAAGGCCUACAGGGCACCAUCAUGGUCAUGGGCUGCUAUCGAUGGCCAGGUCAGCUUC